AUAUCUAAAAUGUGUUUCUGGUGUGUUGAGUAUCAGGUUUCAAACUAAUGUAGGACCCAGUAUCUUUUUUAUGUUGCCUUGAUUGACCAUUCUUGUGCCAUCAGAGUGGAGAAAAUGUAUUUACUCUGAGCUGAGAAAACAUUUAUGCUCUACAGGCAGCAGCACAAGGAAAGGAAAACAUUUUCUUCAGUGUGAAGAAUGAGCGACAGUUUCAAGGAAGGUCCUGACAUUCAGGAGACACAGUUCGGGGGUUCUUCACUGUCCCAGCAGAGGAGGGUCAUCCAUUUCUCCAGCGGUGAGACUCUGGAGGAAGAUGACAGUGAGGAGGAGGAAGAGGAGGGUACUUCACAUGUGCAGGUGUUUAGGGAGCCUGAAGACAUGCCCAAACUCCCAUGGAGAGCAUUUACUUGGUCUCUGGGCAGGAAGUCAUUGCGCACUUGUGAUUUUCUUGGGGAAAAACUGGCUGGUCUACUUGGCCUCAACACUGCUAAAUACCAGUAUGCUGUAGAUGAAUAUCAGCGUGACAACAAGAACACAGGCAGUAAAGACACCGAAUGCUCCUAUGAGAAAAGAAGGGAGAGAAUUCACCAUUCUUCAAGGAUAAUCAGUGAAUAUGGUGCCACAAGCUCCCACGGAGUCCCUGCUGGUUCUCAAGCCACUGAGCACGGAACUACAGGAUCCCACAAUAAGGGCUAUCAAGAUGAUAAUGAGCACUGAAAAAGAACUAGGCUAAUAAAUCAAAUCAAAGCAAAUGUUAUUUGUCACAUGCGUUAUUUAUACAACAGGUAUAAACCUUACCGUGAAAUGCUUACUUAAGAGCCCUUAACCAACAAUGCAGAUUUUUUAUUAAGUAAGAAAAAUUUGCUAAAUAAACUAAAGGAAAAAUAGUGACACAAUAUUAUACAUUGAACCCAUUAGACUUGUUGUGCUACCUAAGAGAGCAAAUAUUGAUAUUGCUGUGUGUCUUUUUUGGUGUUCCUCUCUCUGUGGUUUCUACUGUAUUGCACUUUAUCUGUCUAUAUUAAUACAAUUCUGGAUUUAAAUUAAAAACAUGCAGAAUAUAUUUUCCAUGCAUGCCUUCAAUUUGA